AAAAGUCAAGUGGGUUCCAAGCUCCAUAAAUGUCUCCCUCUCUUUGGCCUCUGCUUCGUUAUACACAAGAAAAAAUAUUGAUGGCUUCUGUUAAUGUCAUUGCUCUUCUUGCUCUCCUUGUUGCUCUGCAACCUCCGGCAACUACAUCUGAUUACUUGGCUCCUGCUCUUGCGCCUGCCUUGGAUAUUUUGUGCCAAGAAGUGGAAUGUGGGCACGGAGAGUGCCAGCCUUCUUUGAAUAGCACUUUGUUUUAUGAAUGUGUGUGUGAUCCUGGGUGGACGCAGACCAUUUCGGGUGACAGUAAUCAGUACAAGUUUCUUCCUUGCGUAAUUCCUAACUGUACCCUGAAUUACAGUUGCAUAGCGGCACCUUCUCCUUCUCAACAGAAAUCAUCCACUAACCUGGCAACCUUUGACAUCUGCCAGUGGACUACUUGUGGAGCCGGCUUCUGCAAUGCCACAUCAAUGUUCAAUUACACUUGUGAAUGCAACACUGGUGGUCACAAUCUUCUUAAUGUGUCUGCGUUUCCAUGCUACCAAGAAUGUGCUAUAGGAGUGGAUUGCACAAUUCUUGGGAUUUCAACGCCAAAUCAAUCUCCAUCACCUGUUGCUAUAACAGCUGAAGACAGUAAGAAUCAAGCCAGCUCAAAUGUCCCUGGGACUUUUUAUCUGUUGGCACUUUCUAUGUUGUUCCUGGUUAUGCCGUAGAGGAAACUAGUACAAGUGGAUGCUUGACGUUUCCGGUACCAUGGUCAGUGGAUUAUAUGAAACCUUAUCAUUAUGUAGAUGUCCUGUAUGCAUACGGUAGGUCGAUGUGCAGCUUCUUAUACGCGAAUUUCUGGGUUAUAUAUGAAUAAACUCUACAUGUGCACAUUAAAGUAAUUAUUUUUGUAGCUAGCAUUUGGUUUUGUACAAAUAAAGUCUUUGUUUUAUACAUUGCUCUUCCUAUGGA